CCUCUGUGAUCGCUGACUGGCAGCCUCGGGCCCACGGUCUUGAGACCGAGCACCAUGCCUUCGAUAAAGCUGCAGAGUUCUGAUGGAGAGAUAUUUGAAGUUGAUGUAGAAAUUGCCAAACAAUCUGUGACUAUCAAGACCAUGAUGGAAGAUUUGGGAAUGGAUGAUGAGGGAGAGGAUGAUCCUGUUCCUUUACCAAAUGUUAAUGCAGCAAUUCUAAAACAGGUCAUUCAGUGGUGCACCCAUCACAAGGAUGACCCUCCUCCUCCUGAGGAUGAUGAGAACCAAGAAAACCUGGAAACUUAG